UGACGAUGCUCUCUACGGCCGCUGGCGGCUGGUAACCAGAGAGGUUUCUCUCCUUACACCUCCUACCUAGCCAUAGCUAGGGCUUGGUAUGCAGCAUGUCAGCGCUCGCUGUCCUCCUGGCUCUGCUCAAUACUUAUGCGCUGGCGAGACCGCGCAAUACCACGAUGGACGACGACCCAUGGCCUACUGACAGGGCCAGCAUCGUGUACGCACCCACAAAGGCAUGGGCGGAGGGGCAGCGUUGCCCAGGAUGCCAUGCUCAGCCAGAUAAGAACUUGCUGUACAACGGGACCUGGCACGACACGACGGACGACGGCGAUACUGACAUCGAGAAUACUACAAUGACCAUCAGCUUCGUCGGCUCAGGCAUAUACCUCUACGGUGUCCUCGACAACAAUAACACCGCCUUGACGGGCACGAUGGCCAACUACGACUUUACCCUCGAUGGCACCUACGAUGGGAACUUCCACUACGAUCCAGAUAACUCAUCAUCAGUCGCAUAUAUCUAUGAUGUCCUUUUCUACUCCACGACCAAUCUGAAGGACGAAGCACACGAGCUCGUCGUCAACAUCGCCGGGGGAAACGGCGUGGAACAGGCGUCUUUGAUGCUGUUCGACUACUUCACCGUUACGUACGACAGCGACGAAGAGGCGUCUCUGAUAGACUCAAAGUCCCCCGCAUCUACCCAUUCCCUUGGCGAAACCGCCACGAUCACUGGUUCCGGCUCCGACGCUUCUGGGUCGGAAAUUGCUGCCGGGAAUACGAAGGGAGAUCACAGCGGAGCGACCGUAGGCGCCAUUGUCGGUGGCGUGGUCGCUGGUCUCGCGUUGCUCGCCACCGCGCUAGUGAUCUUUUUCUGUAUGCGCAAGCGAAGGCGAUCACGCAAAUCCAGGAGAAGCACACAAUACACACAACCCUUCCUCACGCACCUCAAGGCGCAAGACCCUGCAUCGCCGAGUCGGACGGAAUUGAUAAUUCCGCCCAUGAAGAUGUCGCCUUUGCGAGCGAGUCCCGUGGCUUCAUCGCCCUCCUCCUCGCGAGUACGAGGCGACAUCGACAAGCGUGUGCGCGAUAUGGAGGCGCGGGUGAUGACGCUACAGACCCGAGCUUCGCAAAGGAAUCGACGCGAUCGUGGACAGUCGAACGACGCCCUAUCACCUGCGCUGGCCACUGACGACGAGGCCCCGGCUCUGCGACACCAAAUAGACGGUCUGCAAGCUGAGAUCGCCAGGCUGCGCGCGGAGCAGCAGCACGAGAGGAUGGUGGAACCUCCGCCAGCGUAUUCGACUGCUAGGAAUUCGGUGUUGUAAAUUAUAUACUGAAUCGAGGAAUCUGUGGCAUAUCUC